UUGGAAUCACGUCAAAAGCAUAUUAGAACACGUACUCAGGGACAUGAUAAGCUACCCUACUUCUAUUUUAGCAGCAGAACCCCAAGAGCAACAAGCAAAUCACUCCGUCAAGGCUGUCGCUAUUUUGGCGGACGAGUUCUUACAAGAAUUGGAAACAGUUCCAGUCUUCGCUUGUGAAAUAAAAGACCGUAAACAAGCGUCUAGAUGUAUCCGGGAGUUAAAAGAGGCAUUUAAUUUUAGUGAUUUGAUGCACCUGAAAAGGAUACGAAGUCUAAAAACCCGAAAUAGUGAUAUUCUCCAUAUUUUAUUGUGCCCGGUAUCACACCACACCUCAGCGGUCCCAUCAUUAGAUUACCAAGCCCUCCCAUCAUUAGAUGACCAAGCCCUCCCAUCAUUAGAUGACCACCACACCCCAGACGUCCCAUCAUUAGAUGAUAUACUUCAUGGCACUGAUGUUAGCAGGGAGGGGCUGGGAGAGCCAUUUUUGGUCAAUGUUGCUAAGACCCAGCCUCAUACAAGAGCACAGUACCAGAAAGCUUCAGAACUAUGGCCAACAAAUUUCCAUGAAGAAAAAUAUAUUUCUAGGUUGAUAGGUGGAGAACUAUUCACUACUAAGGAACUAGAGACAAUCAGCUCCUACGUGAGAUUUGCCCAGCAAGCUGCGCAAUAUGCUAAAUCAAAACAACAGGUUGGUAUUGGUGCAGCAAUGGUUGACCCAGAGACAAAAAGAGUUGUUGCUGUCGCUUGUGAUUUGCGUCACCAUGGACACCCUCUUCAACAUGCUGUUAUGGUUGUCAUUGACUUAGUGGCCCAGAGCCAAGGAGCUGGAAGCUGGUGUUUAGGAGGAAGGGAUAGUUCUGGUAUCUGGUCCCUCAAAGAGCUGAUUGGAAUAUCUGGUAAAAAUGAUCAAAACAAGACAAUUGCUGAAUCAGAAAUAUCAAAAUGGAUGACUUCUGCUAAAAUAUGCAUGGGCUUUAAUGAAGACAAUAGAAAUGAAAGAUUAAAGCAAGGCGGGGAUAAAGUGGAUGCAUCAUUGAAAAAUAUAAACUCUAAACUUGAUUUGCCGUAUCUAUGCACUGGAUAUGACUUAUAUGUCACUCAAGAACCCUGUGUAAUGUGUGCCAUGGCCCUUGUUCAUUCUCGCAUCAGGCGCGUGUUCUAUAGCUGUGGUGACUCAAUUCGAGGGGCACUGGGCUCUAAAUACAAGCUGCACACUCAAAAAGCACUUAAUCAUCACUUUGAGCACAAUAUUUUUUCAGCUGAGCAUUUGGUGACGUUCAUGGGCAAUUCAAAUUGGCUUGUGUCUAAUGAAAAUUAGACGUUAUAAAAAAGUGUACGCAAAUGAUCAUUUUAACAAAGCAAUAUUUUGUUGCUAUCGGUAUUCAUCAUGAUCUUAAUAUGUUCUUAAAAUUUGGUGAAAUCUCAGGCCUGACGUUCUUAUAAAAAGGUUCUUAUAACAAAAAUAGUGUAUACUGUAUACAUUUCUAUAUUUAAAACUACAUGCACUUGAAUGGCUUCAAGACUGGGUAUAUCAUCUUUGAUAGUUUAGAGUUAUUCUACCAUUUCUCGCAAAUGUGAAAAAUACUGUUUUUCUUUGUUACAUGUUAAGUCCAGAUAAUAAAUGUUUUACCGCA